AUGAGUAGAGAAAACAGAUUUAACAGUAAUAUAAGUAAUUUAGAGGUAGAUUAAAGGAAACCUUAGAAUGUUUCAUAGAGUAGUAUAUAGUAGCCACUUCAAUCUAAUUUUAGUUCUUAAAGCUCUUAAAUGAAUAAAUAAGAACUUAUUAAUAGUCAGCAAAAAAAGUAGAUGUAUUCAAAAUAAUCUAAAAAAUAAAUCAAUCAAGAGAAAGAUGACAACACAGAUAAUUUAAAUUUAGUUAUUUAAACAUAAGGAGGAGCAUCUCUUAAGAAUUUAUUAGGGUUAUAGCAUACUUUUAAUUAAUCUCCUAAUUUACCUACAGAUUCAUAAAAUGAAGAGAAUAAGUUUACUUUUGAGAAAGUAGAUAAUCAAAAUAGAGAUAAAGUUGAUUCUUAUCAGUCAGCAACAUUUAGAAAAGGAAGUGAAUUAAUACAUAGUUAGACAAAUUAGAUAGGUAGUAUCACAAGCUUGCAAAAUGAUUAAAAUAUUACAAACUCUUAGUAGAUCGCUUAACAAUUGAUAGGUGUAAAAUAAAAUAAUUUUUAAAAAAGCUCAAUAGUGUUGAAUAGUACUUUUGUUAAUUAGAAUCAAAGUAGUAUUUCAUAAAAUUAGUCCUAAAUUUAGCAGCCAAUUCUUUUUUUGAAAGAUAAAAAUAUAACUACAAAAUAGUACAUGUAAAAAAUUAAAGAAUGUUUAUAAAAUGAUUAUGAGAAUAAACUAAUAGGGUUGUUUAAGUUUGCAUAACUUUACUCAAACUAUCAAAAAGAGGGGUAAUUAGCCAAUAAUGAUUUAAUUGAAGCAACUAUGAUUUAUGAUAACUAAUUUUAAAUUGCUUAAUAAAAUAAUUAAUAAAAUUUAAGCUAGCUUUAUUUACAUGAUUAUUAAAAAAUGUUUCAAUUCUAAAAACAAUCCUCUUUAGGGAGAACAGUUUUGAGACAGUGCUGCAUUUACAAAGGAUAAAUUCGUCAGCCAAUUGAAGAUAAGAAUUAAAAAAGAAGUAAAAGUCCUAUUACUCAGAAGUACAAAGAAAAGGAAAUAAAUAAAUUUCAAGCAAUUGAAGAAAAAGGGAAAAUAUACAAAAAUACUCUAUAAUGGAAGGGUGAUGCUUAAAAAAAAUUUCGUGUUAUGUUAAGAGAUAAUAAAAAUCAUUUAUUUGCCGUUUAUACUGAGGAUUUAGAAGAAGCUAUUAAAAUCAGAGAUUAUUUUUUGUGCUUAAAGAUAGAAGAUUAAAAUACUUAUUCAGAUGUUAAUCUACGAGGUUUAUUUAAAAAAACCACUAUAUAUAGACAGAAAGAUAGAUUUAUGCAUUUUUUUUAAGGAAAGCUUAGAAGCUAUGCAUCUUACCUUAAAAAUUAACAACUAUAAUAGUAAUAAUAACAGUAGCUAUAAUUAUUAUUGUAAGAGUAGAAGAAAAAGUAGGAAGAGUAAUUAAUAAAGGAAAAAAUGGAAAUGGAUGAUAUUAAAGACUGCGACAUUGAAUUAGAUUAGAAAGAAUAAUCCAAUUAUUAUUAAACAAACUAGUCAAAUAGUCCUUUCUAGAGCAAUAAAUUUAAGAAGGUAAAGAAGAAUAAUAAUGAUUCCCUGUAAGUAGAUAAUGGUAAUAAAAGCUAGGUUAAUAUUAGUUAGCUCAGUGAUAAGUCUCAUCAAUCCGUACCAGCUUAAGCUAAUAUGAUUGAAAGUUAAUAAUUUAUAGACUCACACAGAAAUGAUAUGAUUCUAGAUGAGGAAUCGAUUGGUAAUAAUGGGAUGAAAAUAAAUGAAACUAAUAACAACAAUUCCAUAAAAUAGAAAGAGAGAAAGCCAUCUUUAUAAAUUCCAGAAAUUAGAGAUGUAUUUUUAAAGAACUAAAGCAUAUUAAAAGAGUAUGAGAACCUUUAAAAAUAAUUCGAACUUUAAGAUGAAAAAGAUUAAGAUGAUGAAAAAGAAUAAAACGAAUAAAAAUAUAUAUAUUAAUCUAAGGACUAGUAAAACUAAGCAAAAUGGAAUCAAAGAGAUUGCAGGAAUAUUAUAGUAUUUAGAUCAACAAAUAAUAAAAUCUAAGUGGACAAAUAAUCAGUUAACUUAUUCUUUAAUAAAAUCCAUUUUUUGAGAGAGUACGAUAAAAUAUUAAAAUCCGCAUUUAGAGAACAGUUAAAGAUGAGAAUUAGAAACAGGGCAGAGAAUGAAAUAUUUGAUAUCAAAAAGAAAAUAGAGCAAGAAAAAGAAAAGGCUGAUAUAUUUGUUGACAUAUUUUUGACAUUUUAAGAGUUAAAAUUUGAGUUUAAAAAUGAAGAAAAAAAUGAUCAGAGUAUGGUCUUUAAACCUAAAUUAACAUUGUAAAUUAUGAAAAUGAUUGAUUUAGAUCCUAGAUAAAAGUAGAUAUUAAAUGAUUAGGGAGAUACAAAACCUAAAAUGCAGUUUAUAUUUUUUGGAGAUUAAAACAAUAAAAAAAAUGUUGCUGAACUAAAGGCUAGAGUGUUUUCUAAAUAAGGUAACUUCAAAGAGUUUGAGCUUUAUGGUGAUAAUAAAGUUGCUGACAUAAGGAAUGUAAAGCUUAUAGCAAUAAAGAAGAAUGAGAUGAAAAUACAAAUUAUUGACGAAAUUACUGGUUCUUUGAUUGCAAAAAAUUCAAUAAAAAUGGAAAAAAUACUUAGCAAAAACGAUUUCAUGAGUUCUCAGAUAACUAUUGAACCUGUUUAAUCUCUAUGCGAUAAAUUAGCUAUAUAGGUAAGUUUGCAGUCUUUAACUGUAGAACAGAAGAAUGGCAUUUAAUUCUAAGACAAUAAAUUAGGAGAUAAUAGUUUCUCAUAAAAAAACAACCAAAAUGAAUAUUAAGAUGUUAAAGAAAUGAGAAUAGAAACCCUAAGCCAAUACAUAGAAAGUAUUUUGGCAAAAUAAAAUUAUAUUUUGGAUAAUUUUUACUAAUGCAGAAUAUUCUUAGAACCCUUUUCUCCAAGCUAAUUUAAAAUUGUUUUAGAACUCAUUUCUGAGUUGAAAAUAGAUACUACACCUCUUUAGCUUAGCCUUAGAAAACAAAGUCAUAAACUUGAAUGCUACAGGUAGGUGAGGGCUAUAUUAUUUAAACACUACUUAGAAUAGCAAUCCUAUCAUUAAUCUAUUUUAGUUAAGAAUCUAAAUUGUUGGAAUAAUUUAUAUGAUAAGAUUGUUGCUUAGGCAGACGUUAUAGAGUAUGGUAAUAACUAAAGAAUAGACAACAAUUACUUGGAUACAAGUGAUAAUUUUAUACUAAGAGAUGCAUGUGAUGAAAUUAAAAAAUAUGAUUUUGAUGCUGGUAAUGAUUAUAUUUAACAAAUGCAAUCAGGGAGAGAUAGUGUUUCGUCUUAAGAUGAUAUUUUUAGCAAUAGAAGAAUAGUAACUUCAGUUUUUUAUAAAAGAGAUUUGUGGGAGCAGGAUACCUCAUAGCAGGAGUUUUACUAAGAAAUGCUCAAACAUACAGAAAAGGGAAUACCUAACUCUCUUAGAUAGACUCUGUGGCUAGAAAUAGGGAAAUCAAGCAAAUACACUCAUAUGAUUAAUAGACUUUUACUUUCUCUUGAUAAAGGCUAAGUUAUAAAUAGCUCAUUAAGUGAGGUUUAUUAAAAUUUACUCAAAAAAGCAUAUUAAUUUUAAUCAAGCUCAACUGGCUAAAGUUUUAUAUCAGAAAUUUAAGAUAUGCAAGCUGAUAUUUAUUGGUAUAAAGAACAUAUUUUAUUUAUUGAUGACCAAAUGCUAAUAAGUUUAACAAAUAUAUUCUAUGCAUACUGCCACUAUGUUUAUCUCCAAAAUAGCAGGACUAUUUAUUCAAAGUAUCUCAUCCCAUUUGCAGCCAGAGCCUUAGAUUAUUUUAAAAGUGAAAGCAAGGAAAGCGAUGAUUCUAUUGAAGAAAAUGCAUUCUGGCUUGUUGUAUGCUUUACAAACAAUUUUGCAAAAAGAUAUUAUAAUACUUAGCUUAUGAUUGAGGCAGCUCAGUAAAUUAUGUAGGAAUAGCUGCUAGAAUAAUCCUCUAAGCAAAAUAAUAAUGCUCUAAAAACUGAAGUAAUAAGUAAGUAACUAGUCUAAUCUCAAAUAUCUAUGCUUCCAGCUAAUAAUCCUACAAAUAAUCAUCAAAAAAUAUAGACUAAAUUAAAUUACAUCCCAGAUGAUAUUAGACUUGACAUGCUGAUCUUUGAAUUUUAUUUUAAAGAAAAAAAUUAAAAGUUGUAUAACUUUUUAACAAAUGUUAGCUUUGGUAUUGGAUUAUUUUUUGCAGAAAAAAUGCUCAGCUAUUUUUCAGAUUUAUUCAACCAUGAAUUAUUAUUUAGAAUUUGGGAUUACUUAUUUGUAGAGGGAAGUUCUAAGAAUACCUUAAAAGCUACCUAUUUUGGAAUUGCAGUCAUGAUUCACUUCUUAGAUAAAAAUUCGAAGAGUAUUGUUUCUAAAUGUAAAUCUAAAAAGGAUACCUUACUCUAUAUAUAAUUAGCAGCUAGAUUUGAAUUCGAUUGUGAUAAUUUUAUUUCGGAAGCUGUUAAGCUGUAUAAAAAUAUUAUAGAUAAGGAUCCAGUUAGAUUUCCAAAAAAUUAAUAACAGCAGUAAAGUACAUAAAAUCCAGCAGUAGCAUUAGCAAAGACAACAAAGUUAAUAUUUCAUCAAAUUAUUAGUGUGUCAAAUAAAAUAUUUAAUUAAACUCUAUAAAACUACUUAGAAACAGUUGAUCAAGCAUACAAAUAGCUUGAUAUGCAAAGAUAUUUAAAUUAGCUCAUGUUUGUAUAAACUUUGGUUCAGUUUAAAGAUACCAAAAAGAUAGAUUUAAAAAAACUAAAAAAAGUUAUUGAAAAGGACAUUUUUUAUAAGCAUCAUAGCUCAGAUGUUAUUACUUUAUUUGAACACUCAAGAAAUUAAAGUUAGAUUGGAAACGAGUUAUCUGUAUCAAAUAUUAGGUCAAGAAGUACCAGUUAGAUUAGUGUAAGUUCCUAAACUCGUAAUUAGCAACAAGGUGGUUUACAAUUAGAAACUAUAAAGCCAAUUUACAACAUAUACUCUAAAUAACCUGAGAUUUCAAAAAUAUUUAUUUAUAUCCAUUAAAUUCAAAUUUUAGAAGACUAUAAUGAACUUAAUGUAGAAGUUAAAUUUGAAAAUCAAAAAAGUGUGCAUUUAGUUAAAAGGCUCUCAGCUACAUAAAUAAUUGAGUGUUUUGAUCGCUCAAAAGAUUACAUAUAAAAAGUGAAUGAAUAAAAAGCAAUAACAAUAACAGUUUAUCGAUUUUAGGACAAUACAGUAAUACCUGUGAAGUAAACUAAAAUUUAUUUUAGUAACUACUAACCUGACGUAAUCACUAAAGAUUACACAAUUAUGUAUGAGUAUGAAAACGUAGAUGAUUAUUUUUUAAACAGUAAUUCUUAAUAUGAGAAUGAUAAAAAUCAAGCAAACAAUUAAUCAUAUAAUGGAAGAAUAGAUAAUGUAAAAGAACAAGGAAGACCUUUAUAUAAUUAUGACUCAGGUGUGGAAUUUACGAUUUUGUUAGCUACACCUCACGGCAUGGGAGAGUCUAAAGCUUACUAAAAUAUUUUAUAUCUAAAAAGGAUUCAAGCAACCAAUAAUAUUUCUCUCACAGGGAACUCUAUAAAUAUAUAAAAUAUUUCAAGCUAUUUGAUUGAUAAAUACAACUAUGUACCUGAAGUUUUUCAUGUGAGAAAGAAUUAACAAGCAGAAAGCAAGCUUAAGUAAUUUAAUUAAAUAAAAUCUGAAAAUUUUGUUGAAAUAAUAUAAAAUAAAUCGUUAAAUACGAUAAAAAAUAUGUGGAAAUAAAAAACUACAUUGAGCUUAGAAGAAUUUAAAGAAUUUGUGAGCAAAACAGACCUAAUAGAUUGGAAUGAUCUAAAUAUAAAUGAGAUAAAAAACCACUUUUCAUAUGAAGGAAAAAUAUGCUUAUUUGACUUUUUGCUAGUAUGUAUUCUAUUAGUUGAAGGUAGAUACCUUGAAAAAGUAGAUGUACUACGUAAAUUAUUCAAGUACUCAGCUCCGGUCUAAGUUUGUGAAGAAAGAGAGAGAUUGAAUGAAAACGACAAUCCAUUUAUCUACACAAGCAUAAUUAAUGAACUUUAUUGCAAGAAUAUUCUCUUUUUACCUUUGAAUAUACAUUUUCAUUCUCUAAAACUGAAAAACCUACCUCAUAUUGAAAAAGCAAAGUAUUUUUUAGAAAAUUAGUCAGUUUAAUCUUAAGGUGAUAACCAAAGCUCUUAAAAAUAGCUUGGUGCUAAUUAAAGUUAGUAAAAUCAGCCAAUAAACGAAGCUCAAACCUAAUCUCGAAUAAAUAAGACAGUUGACAUAACAAUUUUUAUGUAAUCAUUUUGCGCUUAGUAAUCAUUAUUUAAAGGAACAUUUGACAUUUUUAUUGACUCACCUGAAUUUGCAGAUGCUCUAAAAUAGUAUUUAAAAGAGGAGUACAAAGUAGAUAAUCCUACUGGCAAACUUUAAGCAUUUUAUUGGACAAAAGGAUAGUUAAGAUAGCUUCAAGCAUAAUACACUUAUCAAACAUUAGGACUAGUCCUCAAUUAUGUUAAAUAACAGAAAACAAAGCUAAGCAAAAAUAAUUCCAUUUUGAAAGCAAUAUAAAAUGAAUAGGAUGUUAAAAAUUAAAUUAAAUAGUAAUCAGAAAACAUUUAAAUUUAAUCAGUGUACAAGUUGCUUUAAUUUAAUGAUACUUUAGUAAAUCUAAACUAUGAUAACUACGAAAUGGAAGAAUAAGAGGUUAAUAACACAUUUUUUUCUUUACCUUUGCUAUCUUACUUUAAUUCUCUGCAAAACUCUGUGUAUAAUCACUCUAGACCUAAUAGAAAAAACAACUCUUAAGAUAGAUUUACAAAAUAAUUUAAUUUAUAAAUUUCCGUAGAUAAUGUAAAUAAAUGUUCAUUUAGACUAAUUGCAUCUUAGAAAAAAUAAGAAUCUCAGUCCAUUUAAGAAGAAGUUAGCUAUUUCAACAAAUAAUUUAGGACUAUAUUAGAAGAUUGGAACAUAAUAAAAAAUUUAAAGAAUUUACCUUAAUAAAAUAAUGUUAAGCUAGAUAAGUUAGAUAUGAGUAUAGACCACAUCCCACUUUAUUAUAAAAUUAAAGAUUUAGCUAAACUACUUACUUAUCGUUUAAUGGAGAGCUGUAUCAAUAAAGUUGAGGAAUAUUUUUCAUAUAAUUAAGGUGUAAGCUAAUGGAUUUCAUUCUUUCACUAGAUAAAAUCAAUAGAUAUGUUAGCAAAUUUGGAAGGAGUUUACUAUUAAAUAAAUACAAACAGAAAUAACAAAUUAGACCCAAAUUUGGAUUUAGAGCAAAAUCUUAUUUAAGUUUUAAAUUUAUAUAAUAAAACAGAUAGAGACUAGUAAACAAAUUUAAAUGAUUUGAAACACGAUUUAAUAUUGAAUUUUAGCUCAUCAGAAAGUCAUCAAAGUGAUGAUGACGUUUCUAAAUUUGAAUAGCCCUUACAGUAUGCUAUUUACAACUUUAAAGAUGGUGGAAAGCUAUGGAUGCCUUGCAAAAUAGAAGGAUAUGUUAAAAAAUAAAAAAAAUUCUAAGUGAAAUUUUUUGACUUCCCAGAGCGUACUUAUCUAAGAGAAGAGGAGGAAAUUGCAGUUGAUUAAGAUAUAUAAAUUUUGAAUAUUACAGAUGAAGAAUAUUAUCAAAAUGAAUAAAAUAAUCACAAUUUAUAUAAUGAUAAUUCUGUAAAUUUGACAUUAGAAACACAGCAUUGGGAUUAAAGCUAAUUUGGAUUGGCUAAUACAAGAAUUAAUUCAAGUCAAAUAAAUGUAAUGAAUACAAGUAAUAAUUUUAAUUAGGACUACAGCAGAUAUAAAAACACAUAGUUUACACAGGAUGCAUAAUCUUAUUACUAACCAACACAAGAAGAUAUAUACCAAAAAGAUUUGUAUGAAUUUUAAAAUUAAAAAACAUAGGAAAAUUUUUAAACUGAAUUUGAAUCACCAAUAAAAAGUCAACAAUACCAAAAAUAAUUUUACUGA